UUGUAAAGCCAAGUGAACAACACCAUCCAAAGGCAAAAAGAGAGCUUCUCGUUCUUUAUCUUCGUUCGCAAGCAAGAUGGGUUCCCAUUCCGGUUUCUGUGAGAAUAAUAACAAUCACGCCCUUGUGAAAGCUAAUCCCUGUCCCCAGACACAGGACGAGGCUUGCCUCUCCGCUAUGUUCCUGACGACCAAUCAGGUGUAUCCAGCUGUCCUGAACGCAGCCAUUGAGCUUAACCUCUUUGACAUCCUGGCCAAUAAGGCCUCGCCACCUGGCUCCUCCAUGUCCGCCGCCGAAAUCGCCUCCCAUCUUCCCUCCCGUCACCCCGAUAUGCCCGACAGGCUGGAACGCAUGCUUCGCCUUCUAGCCAGUUACACUCUCCUCACGUGCUCCUCACGUGACAUCUCCGAUGGCUCCUCCAUCACCGUCUACGGCCUCUCCCCCGUCGGCAAAUACUGCGUCACCAAUGAAACUGGUGGCUACUUGGCUUCCUUCACCACCUUCCUCUGCUACAAAGCCCUCCUGGAAAUUUGGAUGAACUUCAAGGAAGCAGUGAUGGAUCCAGACGUGGACCUGUUCAAGAAGGUUCAUGGGAAGACGAGCUACGAGUACUUUGGGACGGAUCCCACGUUGAACCACAUCUUCAACAAAGCUAUGGCGGACGUGUGUGCAAUGGAGAUGACUAGGGUUCUUGAGUUGUACAAAGGGUUCGAGGGAAUAUCAACGUUGGUCGAUGUCGGAGGUGGCAACGGCCAAAACCUCAGACUCAUCAUCUCCAGAUACCCUUCCAUCCAUGGAAUCAACUUCGAUCUUCCCCAGGUCAUCCAACAUGCACCCCCCAUUCCUGGAAUAGAACAUAUUGGGGGAGACAUGUUCGUAAAUGUUCCCAAGGGUGAUGCCGUUAUCUUGAAGGCCGUGUGCCACAACUGGUCGGACGAAAAAUGCAUAGAGUUUCUGAGGAAGUGUCACGAAGCAUUGCCUGAAAAUGGGAAGGUGAUAGUGGUGGAGUUCAUAUUACCAGAAUCGCCAGAGCCAACGGAAGCAUCAAAGUUAGUUUCAACUCUGGACAAUCUCAUGUUCAUUACUGUCGGUGGAAGGGAAAGAACAGAGAAACAGUACGAGACUUUGGGAAAGCGUUCUGGUUUUUCUAGGUUUCAGGUUGCUUGUCGUGCCUUCUCUGCUCUGGGAGUCAUGGAGUUCUAUAAAUAAUGGAACCAAUCCAACACCACAGUAUAUUGUUCCCAGAACAAAAAAGUUAUGUUUGUCUACAUUCUACAACUACAAGAACGUAUAUCAAUGGAUAAGAGGCCAAAAAAAUAGUAUAAUUAAGGUUAA